CCAGAUACGUAUAUUGCAGAAUCUGGGUGAUACGCACGGCUGGGUUGAAAAGUAUUGAAGGAAACAUUCGCCUUUUUAUUGUCUUUACCAUUGACCAAAUUUUGAUGGCUAUUUGAUCGCAAAAUAAAACGUUUCGUUGCGACAUUCGCAUGUGUUCUCUUUGACGCGACAAGCGGAUAUUUGACACUUCCCCGGAGUCAGAGAGAAGACGAGGCGCUCAAAAUGAAGUACAAAAACCUGAUGGCCAAGGCGUUGUACGACAACGUCCCCGAGUCCCCGGAGGAGCUGGCCUUCCGGAAAGGGGACAUCUUAACAAUCAUUGAGCAGAACACGGGCGGCCUGGAGGGGUGGUGGCUCUGCUCGCUACACGGACGCCAGGGCAUCGCCCCGGGCAACCGCCUCAAGCUGCUGAUUGGUCCAAUGUUCGACGCCCAGUCCCCUAUCGCCCAAUCAUCACCUAUAGGCUCAGCCUACCAGCAGAAGGCCGUGUCAUCGUCCCAGGGGCUGUAUCAGGUGCCCCCGUCCCUCCAGAGCCCGGGUCAGCAAGGGAUCUACCAGGUACCCCUGGGACAAGAUGUGUACCAGGUCCCCCCUCAGAGGAAUGCCCUGGCUGCAGACAACACCCCCAGCAAGGUGGUGACCCCGACAGGAGUGGGACAGUCCUAUGCCUACAGCGCUGGUCAGCAUAACCAACAGGACCUCUAUGACGUUCCUCCCAUGAGACCACAGGGGGUGUAUGACAUUCCUCCUGGGAAACUGAUGGGCUCACACUCUCCUGGACAACAUGGGAAUGCUCGUCCCCAAGGAGGAAUCUAUGAUAUUCCUCCAUCCACUCAAAUGGACCCUCGGACACAAGGGGUUUACGAUAUCCCUCCCUCCACACAAGGGGUGUACUCUGUGCCUCCCUGCUGGAACACCCCAGCCCUCCAGGAGGGGAACUACGAUUUCCCACAGCCUCUCAAACAACACAAACAACAGGAGGGCAUCUACGACGUACCCCCUCCCACCUUUACCAAGCCCUCAGCCUCCCUGUCCCCCCAGUCCAACUAUGACUUCCCCCCCAGUUCCCAGCCAAUUGGCCCCCACCACCUCCAACGCCCCGUCGCAAAUGACAACGAGGGAGUCUACGACGUGCCGCCCUCCUCCCACCAGCUCUCUGGGGAGGUGCUUCGGGGGGACCUGUAUGACAUCCCCAGGGGGAUGCAGCAGCCCUCCUCCCACCAGCUCUCUGGGGAGGUGCCUCGGGGGGACCUGUAUGACAUCCCCAGGGGGAUGCAGCAGCCCUCCUCCCAGCACCACUCCACCCCCCAGGAGAGGGACAGGGGGAAGGGCCAAGGCAUAUAUGACAUCCCCCCUGCUCUGGGGGACGUGACGGAUGGGGUGAAUCGCCUGUCCUUCUCCAGUACGGGCUCCACACACAGUUCCAUGUCCACCUCCUCCACCUCCACGGUCUCCAGCGCUGAGGGCCGGCUGGCCCUGGAUGUGGACCAGGCCGUCCAGAGGCUGUGCCGCCAGCAGCAGGCGGUAGAGGCCUCAGUCGGGGCCCUGCAGAGCCUGGCCUCUUCCCCCCACUGGAGGACUUACCCUUUCAUGGAGCGCCAUACCAACGAGGUGCGCACCGUGCUGGACCGGGUGCGGGCAGCCCUGGCAGACUUUGUGGUGUUUGGGAGGGGUGCUGCGGCCAAUGCCACUGCCCUGUCAGACCCCAGCCUGCACAGUAAGCUAAGGAGGCAGCUGGGGAGGCUGGAGGACUCCCAGCAGAUCAUCCUGCAGACCUACCAAAGCCUGGAGAACUGCGGCUGGGCCCUCAACGCCCUGACCAUCUCCAGCGCUUCCAAGCACCAGAUCAAGAGUGACGACCUGGAUCGCUUUGUCAUGGUGUCCAGGACGGUGCCCGACGAUACCAAGCAGCUGGCCUCCUCCGUGGGGUGUAACGCUGAGCUGCUUUUUAGACGAGCACCCACCAUGAACGGGUCCUCCUACCCCAGGGGUGGUACGCCCGAGGAGGCCGUCAUCCACCCUCUAACCUCUCCACCCUCAGAUAGUGAUAAAUACAGGGGCCACACCAAGCCCUUUCCUGUGCCCUCCAGCCAAGACAAAGGCAACAUGAACAAUAGUGAGAAGUGUGUUAAGAGCUGGAUGGAGGACUAUGACUACGUCCAUCUGCAGGGAAAAGAGGACUUUGAGCGGCAGCAGAAAGAGCUCCUGGAGAAAGAGAACAUCAUUAAACAGAGCAAGGUGCAGCUGGGACAGGAACAGAUGAACCAGUUCAAGCAAUUGGAGCAAGAGGUGAUCAAACCAGUGGAGAAUGACAUCACGCAGUGGAUCUCCCAGCAGCACCCGACAGGCCCCUCCUCCCCCUCAGGCCCCUCCUCCUCCCCGUCAGACACCUCCUCCUCUCCCUCCCCCUCCCUGACAGGAGGCAGGGCCCAGCUGUGUGGGCGGGACCGUCAGCUGCUGGGCUUCUACGCAGAGCAGUGCCAGCAGCACUUUGUCACGUUGCUCAAGGCCGUGGACGCUUUCUUUGGCUGCGUGGGCGCUGGCCAGCCGCCCCGCAUCUUUGUGGCGCACAGCAAGUUUGUCAUCCUCAGCACUCACAAACUGGUAUUUAUUGGGGACACUCUGUCCAGGCAGGCAGCCACGCCCGAGGUGGCCAACCGGGUGAUGAACUCUAGCAAUGUGCUUUGCGACCUGCUGAAGACUGUGGUGGGAGCCACUAAGACGGCCGCGUUGCACUACCCCAACACAGCCGCCGUUCAGGACAUGGUGGACAGAGUCACGGAUCUCUCACACCACGCUCAACAGUUCAAAGAACAGCUGCUGCAGAUGGCUGCUUUGUGAUAGUUUGUGUUGUCACUACCUGGUCCCGCCUAUUGCACCAUAGCAUCCUAUGUGUAUAUACCGUAUAUAUCUAUAAAUGUAUAUUGCUCGUUGUUAAUCUUAAGAGUUUUUUGGGGGGCUGUUCUGUACAUAUUUGGCUCUAUUUUUGUGUAGAAUGUUUUUAUAUACAGUACCAGUCAAAAGUUUGGAUACACCUACUCAUUCCAGGGUUUUUCUUUAUUUUUACUAUAUUCUA